UUCAGGUUUUGUGUUAGAUUAAUUAAUUUUUUAGCUUGGACUUCAUUGCCGCUCUUUCUGGAUUUCACUUCCCGGCCAUUCAAAUCUACUUCUCCAUUGGAAGGGCUUCUUUUUUCUUUCUUUGGAUUGAUUUUUCUAAUUAUUUGUGCGCUUGAUGUGAAAGUCUUUUAAUCUUCGAUGGGUAGGGUUUAUUGUUUUUGAGGUUUUGGUCUGCUUAGUUUUUUUCUCUUUAUUUUUCGGUUUGAUUCAUUUAAAUGGAAGAAAAAGAUAGUUUUUUCGCUGGGCUCACCGUGAAGGCUAACGAUGCUCCGGAAAGCCACCAUGUAACUCCGAGCAGUGAAAACUAUGGACUGUUUGGCGGGUCCACAGGUGCAUCGCCGGCCCCCGCCCCCGCGCCGGCGCUGGCCACUGCACCAGCUCCGAUUACGGCUCCAACUUCAUCUCCAGCUUCAGCUCCGUUGCCAGCUUCAGUUUCGGCGCCAGAGCCAGUCAGCGUGGCGGCGGCGACGGGGAGUACGGAUGUAGUAAAGAAGAAAAGGGGAAGGCCUAGGAAGUACGGACCUGAUGGUAAAUUAGCGUUGGCGUUGUCGCCGAUGCCGAUUUCAUCUUCAAUUCCGUUGACUGGGGACUUCUCAAUGUGGAAACGGGGUAGAGGGCGGCCUAUCGAAUCGGUCAAGAAGUCGUUUAAGUGCGAUUUUGAAAGCCCUGGACCAGGUGAUGGGAUUGCAUACUCAGUUGGUGCCAAUUUCACACCUCAUGUGCUUACUGUUAAUGCUGGCGAGGAUGUUAAUAUGAAGGUCAUGUCCUUCUCUCAACAAGGAUCUCGCGCUAUUUGUAUUCUUUCUGCAAAUGGAACAAUCUCUAAUGUUACACUGCGCCAACCAACUUCUUCUGGGGGUACCUUGACAUACGAGGGGCGAUUUGAGAUUCUUUCUUUAUCUGGUUCAUAUAUGCCUUCUGAGAACGGUGUGACAAGAAGUAGAUCUGGUGGGAUGAGUGUCUCUUUGGCUGGUCCAGAUGGGCGAGUUGUGGGAGGCGGCCUUGCUGGUCUGUUGGUAGCAGCAGGUCCUGUGCAGGUUGUUGUGGGCAGUUUUCUUCCAGGCCACCAGCAGAUGCAGAAACCCAAGAAACAAAAGACGAAUCAUUUUUCACCUGUUGCAUCUGGACAUUAUAAUCCCAUCCCAGUUGAUGAAAUAAAAAUCAGUUUCGGAGGAGUAAAGCCUAUUAUGACUCCUGCUGCAUUUCAAGCAGACAACAACACCGCUUCUUUUAACAACGGCCAGGGCUCUAGCAACUCAUCUGCUGAUGAUGCUGAUGCUGAUGAUGAUGAUUUAACACUUUAUCCUGAAAAGGACUCUAACCCCAGCCAAACAACAAAUGCUGGAGUUGCAUGCUAAACGAUUUCACUGUAAGGUAAGUGGUGUCUGCAGAGUCAGCCACAUACAUCUAGGUUCACUCAUUCUUGACAUAAGCUGACAAAUAUAACAUGUUGGCUAAUUAUGAAGACAAAACCUUAGCUGGAUGAGUGUCGAGUUGGUCUUGACUCCGAGGUUGUACUUUGGUACUUAGGUUAGUUAUGGGAUCUCGUCUGCUAGAUUUUCCAUCUGUCUGUUCUGAUGUUGUAUCUCUAGUAGUGUUAUAGUGUUUUUCUCUCAUUUUUAUUUAGUGGUAUUAUUGUGAUGUAGGAAAAUAUGUGAUGUCAUCGUCGUCAUCUUCCUCAUUUGCUUAUCUUUUAAUGUCUGAAAUGUGAGUGGAUGGAUGUGGGUGUUUCUGAUAUGCAACUUCUAAUAUUAUUUGUGGUGAAAGGAAAAAAUUGCGUUUCAGCUUC